AUGGCAAGUGGCAAGGCUCUAGUCGCGAUCACGGGCGCAAACGGAACAAUAGGGUACGCGUGUGUCGUAUACGCGCUGCAGACCGGAUAUCGAGUACGGUGCAUUGUACGCCGUGAGGCAGCUAUCGCCAUCAUCAAGUCCGGACCUUCUGUACAGCCACAUCUGGACGAUAUCGAGUAUGCAGUGGUGCCCGAUAACGCGGUCGAAGGCGCAUACGACAAGGCACUUGCAGAUGCACAAUAUGUCGUUCAUAUCGCCGGAGUCUGGCCUUUACUGACUUUGCACCCGGACAACGAGAUCUACCACCCCUUCAUGCAAUCCAUGAAGAAUAUCAUCGCGUCUGCAAAAUCUUCUGGCAGUGUCAAACGCAUCGUUUUCACUCAAGCUGGUGCGGGCCUUGUGGACUCAGAGGUUGGAGACACGUAUGGACGCGGCAUGGAAAACAUUCUCAACGAGAGCGUCAGAGUCAACGCUAAAUCGCUCACCUACCUCCCGCCACUCAGCAGUCCUCACCAGGCUUAUUGCGCGGCGAAGGCUCAAAGCAUGGACUAUCUCGAUAAGUUACGCCAAGAUAAUACACUGCCAUUUUCAUUCGCACAGGUCAUCCCUGGCACGGUGAUCGGAACGUCUGAGUUUGUAAAGACGGCGGAGCAGGCGAAGAAGCACAUGGACAGACAGACACGAGCCCUGAUCUUCGACGACAACACGCCUCGCUAUGCGUUUGGGUUCGUGCAUGUAGAGGACUGUGCAAGGGUCCAUAUCGAAGCGCUUGAUCAGAUAAAAGUCCCUGACGCGGACUUACCACCUCGAUAUGUUGCUGCGGCAAGUACAGAGGCAGGCCUUGGUGGAAGCCAGGUCUGGUACAAGGCAGCAAGCAUGGUCGACAGUAGAUUUGCCUCUGAAAUCAAGAAGGGCUUAUUCAGGGUUGGAAAAGAGAGGACGCCAACCAAUAUGCCAUAUCGCGUGCAUUCGAAGGUGACAGAGAAGAUGUUGUUGAACGGCGAAGCUUUCAGAGGAUUGGAGGAGUCUGUGGAGGAGGUCGCAGAGUGGUACGCUCGACUUGCCCCUAAAGAGCAUGCGAAUAGUGGGACAUGGUCUACGUGUGUACGCUGA